AUGUAUCUCAGCGGUGAAGACGACGUUGAUCUAGUGGAAAAACAACUAUUCUUAUCAUCCUUACAGCCCACAUUGAACAAGCGAACGCUUCAAAAGUACAAGAUAACACACAUUAUCAGUGUUAUUGAUGAAGAACAGCCUGCUUUUCCUAAUGAUUUCACAUACAUGACAAUCCCAGCGAUAGACUCUGAAGAAACCAACCUCCUAGGCCACUUCCCUGAUGCUGUCAAAUUCAUUGAAGACGCUAUAUCCUCAGGCGGGAAUGUACUGGUACAUUGCUUGGCCGGUGUGUCAAGAUCUGCUACAAUCGUGUUGGCCUACAUGAUGAAAAAAUACGAUAUGGCCCCGACAUCUGCUCUCAAAGUGCUGAGAACUAGAAGGCGAAUCGUGUCGCCUAAUGAUGGGUUUUUGAAUCAGUUGGAGCUGUGGGCCGAGUUUGGGUAUACGGCCGAUUUAAAAGACGCUGGUUUCCGACGAUUCAUGAUGGAGGUGACAGCGUCAGUCAUGACUGACAAUCUGGACGCUUGGAAUAUGGGCGAGAUGGUGUUGGCUCCAGACCCAGCUGCUCAGUCACGUCAUGGUGCUCUAGCGACGAGGCAGAGGGUUUUGAGGUGCAAGAUGUGCAGACGAGUCCUCGCUACACGCGACCACAUUGUGGACCAUCCCCGCGGCCCAGGCCCGGUAUCAUUCGCUCGAUCGUCCAGAAAAGAUAUGGAUUUACUCAGAGUGCAACAAUCGAGUGGAUCUACGGCGGCACAUCCACCGUGCUCCAUGGUUUUCAUUGAAGCUAUGGAAUGGAUUUCGCAUAUCCGUGAUGGACAUUUGAAGGGGACGUUACAGUGUCCGAAUCAUAAAUGUGGGGCUAAAUUGGGUAGCUGGAGCUGGAGUGGAUCACAAUGCUCUUGUGGUGCAUGGCUGUCUCCUGCGUUUGGACUACAUCUGAGUAAAGUGGAUCUCAUCACUGCGGCUAUAUGA